AUGCAGAAAAGUGUGCGGUACAAUGAGGGGCACGCACUGUAUCUCUCUGUGAUCGCACGCAAAGAAGGAACCAAACGUGGGUAUCUCAGUAAGAAGACCACGGAAAACAGCCGUUGGAACGAGAAGUAUUUCGCGCUGUAUCAAAAUGUCCUCUUUUACUUUGAGAAUGACCAGAGCGCUCGACCUUCUGGGAUUUAUUUGUUAGAGGGAUGCACCUGCGAGAGAGUACCAGCGCCAAAAGUAUCUACAGUUAGCAAAGACACUUUGGAUAAACAGCAUUACUUCCUCAUCGUCUUCGGCCAUGACGGCCAGAAGCCUGUGGAACUGCGGACUGACGAUGACUUGGAUUGUAAUGAGUGGGUGGAGGCCAUUCAACAGGCCAGCUAUUCUGACAUCAUCAUUGAGCGUGAGGUCCUCAUGCAGAAGUACAUCCACUUGGUACAGAUUAUGGAAACGGAGAAGGUGGCGGCCAAUCAGCUUCGGACCCAGCUGGAGGAUCAGGACACGGAGAUCGAGAGGCUCAAAGCCGAGAUUGUUGUCUUGAACAAGGCCAAGGAGAGAAUGGUACCUUACCAGCCUAGCUCGGAUGAAGAAGAUCCUGAUAUUAAAAAAAUCAAAAAGGUGCAGAGUUUCAUGCGUGGAUGGCUGUGCAGAAGGAAGUGGAAAAUUAUUGUUCAGGAUUACAUCUGCUCUCCCCACGCCGAGAGCAUGCGGAAGAGGAACCAGAUAGUCUUUAACAUGGUGGAAGCCGAGACCGAAUACGUCCACCAGCUCUCGGUUUUAGUCAACUGUUUCCUCCGGCCUCUGAGGAUGGCUGCCAGCUCCAAGAAACCUCCCAUCAGUCACGAUGACGUCAGCAGCAUCUUCCUCAACAGUGAAACUAUUAUGUUUCUACAUGAGAUAUUCCAUCAAGGCUUGAAGGCAAGGAUUGCGAACUGGCCAACUUUAGUUUUAGCCGAUCUUUUUGACAUUUUACUGCCAAUGCUGAACAUUUAUCAAGAGUUUGUACGAAACCACCAGUAUAGCCUUCAAGUACUGGCUAACUGCAAACAGAAUCGUGACUUCGACAAGCUACUGAAGCAGUAUGAGGCCAACGCAGCCUGUGAAGGAAGAAUGUUAGAAACAUUCCUCACCUAUCCCAUGUUUCAGAUUCCAAGGUACAUCAUCACCUUGCACGAGCUGCUUGCUCACACACCUUAUGAGCACAUUGAGCGAAAGAGUCUGGAAUUUGCCAAGUCCAAACUGGAGGAGCUGUCCAAGAUGAUGCAUGAUGAAGUGAGUGACACAGAGAACAUUCGUAAGAACCUGGCCAUAGAGCGUAUGAUUGUGGAGGGCUGUGAUAUUCUCUUGGACACCAGCCAGACUUUUGUGCGUCAGGGGUCUCUGAUCCAGCUGCCUACAGUGGAAAAGGGCAAGCUGAGUAAAGUCCGUCUUGGAUCUCUGUCGCUGAGGAAAGAGGGCGAACGCCAGUGUUUUCUCUUCACCAAGCAUGUCCUGAUCUGCACCCGCACCUCGGGGGGCAAGCUGCACCUGCUCAAACAAGGAGGGACGUUGUCUCUGAUAGAGUGUACUCUCAUUGAAGAGCUUGAUGCCAACGAUGAGGACUACAAUGCUACAGGACAAGGCUUCAACCACCUGGGCUUUAAGAUAGUGGUGGAUCCCACUGAUGGUCCAUCCUUCUCAGUGGUCCUGCUAGCCCCCUCCCGCCAAGAGAAGGCUGCCUGGACCAGUGAUAUCAGUCAGUGCAUCGACAACAUCCGCUGCAAUGGACUGAUGACCAGCGUGUUUGAAGAGAACUCGAAAGUCAGUGUGCCUCAUAUGAUCAAAUCCGACGCGCGCCUCCACAAAGACGACGUCGACAUCUGCUUCAGCAAGACGCUCAACUCAUGCAAGGUGCCCCAGAUCCGCUACGCCAGCGUGGAGAGGCUGCUGGAGAGGCUGACCGACCUGCGUUUCCUCUCCAUCGACUUCCUCAACACCUUCCUUCACACCUAUCGCAUCUUCACCACCGCCACCGUGGUCAUGGACAAACUCGCCGACAUCUACAAGAAACCCUUCACCUCGAUUCCCGUCAGGGUACAGUAUCAUUCAUCAGACCGCUUGUCCAUUACCUCCGUCUGUCCAGACUACAGUCUGAAGAUCACAAGGCUUGCCCUGGACCAGUCCAAGUCCCUGGAGCUGUUCUUUGCCACUAACCAAGGCCCCUGGAGUGGAGAACACCUCAACAACAAGUCUCCCCGUCUGUCUCGCAAGUUCUCCUCCCCUCCCCCUCUCUCCAUACCUUCUCGCACCUCCUCCCCCGUCCACUCACGCAAGCUCUCCCUCAGCUCCCCCGUCAGCAACAAAAUGGGCGUUCUCGACCUGUCAGCCUCAACCUCCUCUGCCGCCAGCAGCCCCACCUCCACCCACAACCCCGUCAUCUCCUCCCCUCCUCCCACCAGCACGAAAGCCCCACUGGACCUGAGCCGUGGCCCGAGCUCACCCGAGCUGUGUCCCACCACACCAGAGGAGGGGGGAGAACUGCCACGCAUCGACGCCUUCUGUGGAAAGUUACGCAGAAGCAUCAGAAGAGCUGUUUUAGAAUCCGUGUCAUUGGAUAAGUUCAUCCCGGAGUCGCCCACCCCCAGUGAAGCUGGCGACAUGUCUCCCUGCCGAUCCCCCUCUACUCCACGACAUCUCCGUUACAGGCAGUCAGGAGGCCAGGCCAGCGAGAACUCCCGCUGCGCGGUAUCCCCGGCCUCCGCUUUCGCCAUCGCCACGGCAGCCGCCGGACACAGCAGCCCGCAAGGUUUCGGCAACCCAGAGAGGUCCCACGAUAAAGAGUUUCUCAUUCGGAGAGCUGCCACUAACAGGGUGCUCAACGUACUGCGACACUGGGUGUCCAAGCACUCGCAGGAUUUUGAGAUGAACGGAGAGCUGAAAACUGGAGUGAUCAGUCUGCUGGAGGAGGUGCUAAAAGAUCCUGACCUGUUACCACAGGAGAGAAAAGCCACCACUAACAUGCUAAGUGCCCUUUCUCAAGAGGAACAAGAUGAUUCUCAACUCCAGAUAGAAGACAUUCUCCAAAUGUCUGAGUGCCCUAAAUCAGAAAGUUUCGAGUCUCUAUCUGCCAUGGAGUUGGCUGAACAAAUCACACUGCUGGAUCACAUUGUAUUCAGAAGUAUUCCGUAUGAGGAGUUUCUUGGUCAGGGCUGGAUGAAAGUGGACAAAAAUGAGCGGACUCCUUACAUCAUGAAAACCAGUCAGCAUUUUAACGAUAUGAGUAACCUUGUGGCGUCUCAGAUCAUGACCUAUACGGACGUGGGGUCCAGGGCCAGCUCUAUUGAGAAGUGGCUAGCAGUGGCGGACAUCUGCCGCUGUCUUAACAACUACAACGGUGUCUUAGAGAUAACCUCUGCGCUCAACCGCAGCGCCAUCUACAGGCUGAAGAAGACAUGGGCCAAAGUGUGCAAACAGACCAAAGCCCUCAUGGACAGACUGCAGAAGACUGUAUCAUCAGAAGGGAGAUUCAAAAACCUGAGAGAGACUCUAAAAAACUGCAAUCCACCCUGUGUCCCUUACUUGGGCAUGUAUCUGACGGACCUGGCGUUCAUUGAGGAGGGAACACCAAACUUCACCGAAGAGGGCCUGGUCAAUUUCUCUAAGAUGAGAAUGAUUUCUCACAUCAUAAGAGAGAUACGACAGUUUCAACAGACUCCCUACAGGAUAGAGCAUCAACCCAAGGUAACGCAAUUUCUACUUGACAAGAGUCUGAUAAUGGAUGAGGAUACACUAUAUGAAUUGUCUCUGAAGAUUGAACCAAGGAUUCCUCCUGCUUGA